CUUAUAGGUCUGGAGAUAGAUCAGCUACAGAUAGACACCAUAACUCUUUCUGUAAUGACACAGUAACAGUUUUAUGAUGGAAGCUUUGUCAGGUUUAUGGUUCAAACAAAACCUGAGAGGCAGGAUGGAGGAAGCUGAGCUCUUAAAGGAACGUCUUCAAGCGAUUACGAAUAAGAAGAAAAUACAAGAAGAAAUUGCCCUUAAGCGGCUUGAGAUUGACAGAGAGAAACUGAAGCUUCAACAUGUCAAGAAAAGGUCCAUGCGAGAUCUGUGGCUCAUGGAUGGGAUGAACAGCAGUACUGCUCAGGAAACUCAAAAAGCUCUUGAAGAUGCACAACAAGCUAAAAACCUUAAGAGCAACAUACACCGGAUAGAGAAGGAGAUUGAAGCAUUGGAGAGGGAGGAAAUGAACAUCUCAACAAAUGAAGGGCUGAUUCUGAAGAGGCUUAAAGUUGUUGAAAAGUCUCCAGAGGACAUCAUUAAGGCAGUAAAUGCAGACUUUGCAUCAGAGCCAAUCUAUAUCCAUUCAACAAUUCCAAAUAUGCUAAAGCCUAGCACACCUCUAUUAAGUCAAAGGAAGAGACAAGACUUGGAAACUGAAGCAAAAAAUGACAAAGGCAAACCCGCUUUGUUUGCCAUGGAAAUUAAUGUUCAGAAAGACUUGCGCACUGGUGAAAGCCAAGUUAUUUCCUCCUCCACCAUUUCUCCUCAAGAACUCCAGCAAAGGGGCAUCAAAGUCUACGAUGACGGCCGAAAGUCUGUCUACGCCUUGCGAACAGACGGCCACCAGCCUGGAGCCAACGGAGUGGAUGAACUCAGUCCUGUGGAGGUCGAAGAGCUGCUCAGACAGGCCUCAGGAAAGAAGAAAUUGGGCAAUCAAGUAAACCCUUCAUACCCCUACAGCAUGCCCCAUGAACUACAAUCACCUCCUGACAACCGCAAAUCCAAUGGAGGUCAAGAUCCUUACAGCGUGGACCUAUCAGCAUGGCCUGAGCUUGUGUAUAAUGAUGGCGUUGGGUAUCCAGAGGAUGCAGGUCAUAGACUUCCUCUUUUGCCAAUGCCGAAUUACAAUGACAGACCAGACGAGUACUUUCACAACACCAACUACAGCCAUGAGUUACACAGAGGAGAAAGACGUAAGCAUGGACCAUAUCACAACCGGGGAACGAGGCAUUUGGAUCAUGACAUCAGAAACAACAGCUCCUGUUCUGCCUACUCUGAGGACUCCAAAAUCAGUGUCCUGAACGCUAUGCCAUCGGACGAACCCGUCACUAUGAUCUUCAUGGGCUACCAGAAUGCAGAUGAUGACAGUCAGAGCUUCGAGGGAUCUGUUCGGGCUGAGCUGGUGAUCAUUGGGGAUGGAGAAGAUGAUUCCAGUAGGAUCUGUCAAACCAAUCUGAAGUCAAAUUCAAACCGAGGCGACGUAGAGGACGGGGCAGUUACAGAAUUACAGAUGCAAAUGGAGAAACUGGGACAAACCGCGUAGUGGCCAACAUCCAUUUGGUGGAUCUCUUGCUCUAAAGGUGGUUAAGAAAUGCGAAUCAACAAUAUUUGUGAAAAUACAUUUGAAAUAUGAACACUUGGGCGACCCGGUGGCUCAGUGGUUAGCACUGUCGCCUCACAGCAAGAAGGUGGCAGGUUUGAGCCCCGGCUAGGUGAGUUGGCAUUUUUGUGUGGAGUUUGCAUGUUCUCCCCAUCAUCUCGUGGGUUUCCUCCGGGUGCUCCGGUUUCCCCCACAAUCCUAAAGACAUGUGGUAUUGGUGAACUGAAUGAGCUAAAAUGUCCGUAUGUGUGUGAAUGCAAGAGUGUGUGGAUUUUUCCCAGUGCUGGGUUGUGAAUGGAAGGGCAUCCGCUGAGUAAAACAUAGAUAAGUUGGUGGUUCAUUCUGCUGUGGCGACUCCUGAUUAAUGAAGGGACUAACCGAAGGAAAUUAAAUUAAAUUAAAUAUUAACACUUUUCAAGAAAAAAAAAAUACUUUGAGGUAAGGCUAUGCGAUUAAUUGAAAUCGAACUGCAAUUGUGAUAUUAAAUGAGCUCAAUUUUAUUCUGCCCAAUCAGAAUUGCGCAACCGAACUAUGCGAACACCCACAAUAAAACAAACAAACAGGAAAGCGAGGACAAGUGGGAUGAUGACAUCUGCCACUUCAAAGCAUUAAUAGAUGAAUAAAUAAAUAAAUAUAUAUUAAUAAACGGCACAUUGGUGAUAUAGCAAUAUUUUAGUUUCAAAGUUACAGACACAAAACAGGUCAUUUGUAAGAGCUGUCACAGAAUUGUUGCCACAGCACAAGAAAAUAUAACAACCAGCACCUUAAAAAGCAUGGUAACAGCAAAGUACACUUUCAGAGUUGUUUGCAGAGUUGUAUGGUUACACCAUAUGAAAAAAUAUCACGAAGCCACCAGGAGACAACUAACGUCAUAACUUACUACUGUUUGCUCUAGAGAAAAAUUUAAGUUUAAUUUCUGAAUAUUUAUAAACAAAUUUAAAUAAAAGUUGGAAUUAGUUCAUAUCUUUUCAGUUCCUUUUUUAACUAACACUCACUGCUUUUUAGCAGUAAAAUGCUAAAAUACACAAUAUUAAGCUGAAACUUGACAACAAUCACAAUUCAAAUCGAAAUUAAAAAAUAUCUGUUAAAAAAGCAGCCCUACUUUGACUUAUGGGCAUUUUUUUUUCUUUCAUGGGAUAAAAAAAAAGACUUUUUCUCUUGACUUUUCUUUUCAAAUAUGUUACUAUAAAUUUAGCCAUAUUGAAUAGACUUAAAAUUGCAGGUUAACAAUUUGUAAUCUUGGAAUUAAGUAAUGCAAAUUUAAUAAACAUUGAUUUGUGAGUUCAAAUUUUAAACAUAGAAAUGUUAGAAUUUUUUGUUCACAUCUUGCAAUGUUGAUUUAAUUUUUUCGCAGAACGGCAAAAGAAAAAGAGAAUUGUGUGGAAAAACUUAAGAUAAUCGAAACUAAUCAAAACAUGAAAUUC